CAAAUAUCACAACACACCUUUGAAUGGAAAAAGGCUUUAUGUGCUUGUUGGAAAGCUAGACUGCCCUUACAUCACAAGCAGUUCCUUAUUGAGCAAUGCCUCAUAACACCCUUUCAUAAUUUAUUUUCCAAGUUCAGUGACUCACAGCCACUUUUUCUAACUCAGUGCGUGAUUAAUUUGAUGCGCGGAUAUUUCCGGUUCUUUUUGAGCCAAUAAGGCAGUCAAGACAGUGUGCAAUGACCAGAUUAUGGCGAAGCAUGUCACGUACACAAAAAAAAACCAUUGAUAAAAAGGGAAGUUCACGGUUAUGCAGCCCCAAGUUGUGUGAUCGGCGAAUCAUUAAUGGUCUAAACUAAGGUAGGGAAACUUAGCAGCUGGCUUGCAAUGAACGAGGUGAGAAUUUUAACUGCCACCUUGACCUGAUUUCUAAUUCGACAGAAACUGGGUGAGAAAAUAAAUUUUUCUUUUGUUCCAGUUUUUAAAAAGAACUUACCCUGACAACCAUUGAACUAAUACUGCACGAUUACCAGCAUAAAUUAAUACGGAUAGGGUUAUACACGACAGCUUUUUGUUAACUAACUUUCCCACGAUCAGCUUAUAUUUCUAAAAACAAACAAACAAACAAACAAACGAGGGGGAAAUUGUAAGUGGAGGGGAUGGCACAAAGAAAGAUUAGCCCGACCCUGUCAGUGUUGACAAUAGCUAGCCUCUUAUAAUGAGUUGUCGUGUCGUCUUUUCUACAGGAGCCUUUUCAGUGUUAUGCAUCCAAACGGUGGUGUUUGCUUUUGUGUUAUCGACCUCCGCCUUUGACACGUCCUCGUGGCAACGUUUCUGGUGGUGGUCACCGGGACAAACCUGGCCAUCAGGUGAAACCGACGUCCUGAAGAACGCCCAUGGUACUUGUAAACUCGGCGAUCUGUACUGUUUCCAGCGACUUCCCUCUUGGGCUGAAGAAGAUUCAACUGAACUGCUUGCCAUCGACUCUGAAGGAACUGUUUAUCAGUGGAAGUUUGACUCUAAGAACCCAACUGCCCAUGCCGUGUGGCAAGCUCUUCACGAUCAUCUGGAAACACCUGUUGGAAAAAUCGUAAACAGCAAGGCGUGGGAUCCUUUGGUUACGGAAGGAACCAAGCCCAAAGCAACUCAAGAUUCUUUCAUGUAUCGGGAUCAGAAUGGCGUUAAGUCCUUUCUCCUCGAUGACGACAACUGUGACUGUUUGUCUACUUUGAGUAUGGGUCAUGGAAUGUGCCUAGCAGGUCACUCUACCAAGUACAGCUCGGUUAAUGUAUUUGGUGUCGAUAAACUGUACGACCCAGGUUGUCAUGGACCAUCUCCAAGCUAUGGGCUUUCCCUUUACUUUCGAACUGUCAAAAAGCUCACAAUGGAGGACUUUGGCGGAGGUUGGAGGGCUUUCUGGUGGUGGGAGAAAGACUCAACUUGGCCAGGACAUGUCACAGACAUCCUUGGAAAUCCUUAUGGAUCUUGCAAAGAGUUUGAUGUCCAUUGCUUCCAGCGUCUUCCUUCGUGGCUCAAGGAAAAUGACACAGAGCUGCUAGCUGUAGAUUCGUUGGGAACAGUUUACAAAUGGGCGUUCAAUCCCAAGAAUCCAGUGUCACAUGCCACUUGGCUUGCAUUUCAUGAUCAUCAAGAAUCUCAAAACAAAGAUGUCCUCAACUCGAGCCCUUGGAAUCCAGUGGCGCUCAAUGGAACUGCACCGUCCAAAAAUCAAGACUCCUUCAUGUAUCGUGAACAAAACGGUGUGAAAUCGCUGUUACUCGAUGACGACAACUGCGACUGUUACUCAUCCCUUAAUCUUGGUCAUGGUAUGUGUAACGAUGGCCAUUCUACUAGCUUCAGUAAAGCAAAUGUCUUUGGUGUUGACGCCCUAUUUGAUAAUGGUUGUCAUGGUCCAGUGCCAAAUAUUGGUCUAACGCUUUACUAUCGCGCUCGUCGUCCAGAUUUACACGAUUUUGGUGGAAAAUGGAGAGCGUUCUGGUGGUGGAAUGCUGGUGUAGAGUGGUCCGCCUGUGAGUCUGAGAAAUUAGAAGAUGAUGUACUAGAACACCCAUAUGGAACUUGCUCGGGCGGUGAUCCCUUUUGCUUUCAGCGACUUCCUGCUUGGCUCGAGGAGGAUUCUACUGUGAUCUUGGCGAAAGACUCGCAAAAGAACGUCUACCAGUGGCAGUUCAAUGAUUCUAAUCCAACAGCGAGCGCUGCAUGGAACGCGUUUCAUAGCCACACAGAGACAGCGGCUGGUGCAGUUUUAAACCAGAUUCCUUGGAAUCCCAAAGUUCUCCAAGGAAAAUCAUCUGCUGUUGAUCAGGAUUCAUUCACGUAUCGAAGUGCAAACAAAGUAAAGUCUGUGCUUCUUGACGAUGACAACUGCGACUGCCUUUCAACACUCCAACUUGGAGCAACCGUUUGCAGUAACCAGCUUGAUCCAAACGGCCGUGGAGUGGACGUUCUAUAUGAUCCUGUGUGCAAUCUUCCUAGCCCUCAAAAUGGCCUGGUUAUUUACUUCAAAGUUCCGGAACAGCCGUUUACGUUUGAAGGAUAUGGACACAAAUGGUCAGCCUUCUGGUGGUGGCCAAAGGACGGACAGUGGCCAGGAGGCGUAACAGACGUUUUGGAGAAACCUCAUGGUACAUGCAAGGAAACUGAUAUUUACUGCUUCGGAAGGCUUCCAUCAGGCGCCAAAGAAGACAAAACCAAGCUGUUAGCUAUUGACACCGAUAGAAACGUCUAUAUGUGGAAGUUCUCUUCUGGAAACCCAACAGCACAUGCAGUCUGGCAAGCCUUACACGAUCACAAAGAAACACCUUACAACACGGUAAUCAACAACAAAGCGUGGAAUCCUAAGGUGUUGAAGGGAACUAAACCAAAAGCCGACCAAGAUUCCUUCAUGUACCGAUCACAAACUGGUGUCAAGUCCCUUCUACUGGAUGAUGACAAUUGCGAUUGUUUGUCAACCCUCAGCUUUGGACACGGCAUGUGCAACGCUGGAUUUUCCACAAGCUAUGGUCCUGUAAACAGGUAUGGCGUUGAUGCCCUCUACGAUGAUUACUGCAACACACCACGACCUAGUGUUGGCUUGACGUUGUAUUACUCCAUGUCCGAAGAGGUGGUGCACCACCCCACGUUGUGCACGCACGGCGGAAAUUGGCUGGCCUUUUGGUGGUGGACCGCCGGUGCAACCUGGCCCACUGAUGAGAAAGAUGUGUUAGCUUAUCCCUAUGGCUACUGCAGCUCGUACAGUGUGUACUGCUUUGGUCGAAUUCCAUCCUGGGCGAGGGAGGACUCCACGGAAAUGCUUGCCAUUGACUCCGAAGGAAGCGAGUAUCUUUGGAAGUUCGACCCUGACAAUGCUGUUGCGCAUGCUGCCUGGCUGGCUUUCCAUGACCACCAGGUCACUCUCGCCGGGAAAGUCGUCAACAGUCAAGACGGCUGGGAUCCAGUGGUCCUGAAAGGAACAAAACCAAAAGCAAAACAAGACUCCUUCAUGUAUCGAGUGCAGAACGGAGUCAAGUCCAUUUUGAUGGAUGACGACAACUGCGACUGCCUGACCACGCUGAAUAUUGGCCAUGGUAUGUGCAAUGCGGGGCACAGCACGAGUUACGGUCCUGCAAACCAGUUUGGCGUAGAUGCUCUCUAUGACUCAUACUGCAAUGUCCCUCGACCGGAAGUUGGUCUCACCCUUUACUUCCGGGCAAACUAACUUUGAGCAGCUAGGAAUGAAACUGAGCAAGAACACUAGUUUAAGCAACACAUAUAUGUUAAAGUUAUAAGCUCUUAGAGAUAUAAUGUACGGGUCACCUCGGUAAAUAGCUUUCACGGCACUGUAGUUUACAAGUUGCUGUAGACGGUUAUAUUGUAAUCUGAUACAGCAUCAAUUAAACAAAGCUUGCAUAUAUUAUAUGUUCUGUUCGCUCAAUGGUUGUAGUAGGUCUUUCCAUGUCCAUCACUGAUGAAAAAAAAACAAACAAACCAAACAAACAAGAAGAGAAAAAAAAACCUACUAUAAAUUGCAGGUGUGGCGGCUCACAGGGCAUUCCCAUGUUUCUUUGGAUUGCAACUCUGGGAUGAACAAGAAGUCUUACCGGAAUUAUAUUCUGGGGACAUCAAAGCUAGAUAGCAUUACUGCGUAUUUGGGGCCAUUUCUGAGGCUCGUACGUACAUGGUUACUAUCUCAGGUAACAUACCUUGCGAAAGCAACUUCUCGCAAACAUGAUGCAAAAUAUUAAUGUUCCUGAAGCAAUUCAAACACAAAUUUUUGACGUGCGGCUAAAAACGGGGAAACAUUGCAGUGUUUCUGCUGAUUUUGCAACAAUACCUUCUUUGGCGGUCAGGCCCUUAUUCAAACCGAGAAACGACAGUCAUUACUAGGACUCUCUUACUAGCUCUCAAAUCGUGCUUGUACCAGGUACAAACAAAAACAACAACAACGACAACAACAACAACCAAUCCGUUCUCAUUAUAGUUUUUACUUUUCUAGUAAAACUAAUUUUUAACAAUUUUGAGAAUCAUAGGACCAUCUUUCCAAUUAAUAUGUCUUAUUUACAGCAUUUAUUUGAAGCAUUAUUUGGCAAAUUAGUUUUAAACCUAUUAUAUUGUUUUUAUAUAAUUUCCCGACGUUCUUUUAAAUCGAUUUAUAAUUUGGAGCCACGAGGUCGAGUAAGAAAUUUACACGCUAUAAAUAAGAGCUAACACAAGCAUUGGGACAAAAACUACACGAAAACUUGACAAAACAAACUAAAAUCAGAGUGCCUGAAGAGAAUGCGUACCCAAAGCGGUAAUCAUGUUUACUUAGGUUAAUUUCUACCUACCCAUGGUAGUGACAAAUGGACUUGAUUGAUAA